AUGGUGGUAACGGCAAACCUUUUCGUAAAGCAACGUGGCAGUACUACCGCCUUAAAACAGCCCAAGGAAUUCUCAACGUACUCAAGGACGUCGGAGGAUCAGUUCUUUAUUGAUGAUGACAGGAACCUGAGAUAUUACUACCUUCCUGAUGCAGCAAUGGACUCAAGACCAGACUUGGCAUCAGGAGUGAAAAAGAUGAAGGACAAGACGUUUCCAGAUCCUUGUACGCUACAUGGAUUACUAAAAGCGAUCAAGAGCAAUGAGGAGCGCAAACAGAAAAGUGUCAAGGCGGAUAUUAUCACAUUUAGGGGGAUAAUAAGGAAACUGAUUUCUACCGCGUUUGAUAGUCCGUCAUUCAAUCCUGUAAAUCUCCGGAUUGUCUCAUUUGAUGGCCAAUUGUUCAUAAAGGACGUAUUCUCCUCAGAUGUGGAGUUGAAAUCGAAAGAGGCAGAUGCCAAAGCAUGCUUUUCCGGAUACAAGUUUGAAAGUCUGGCUACCUUGCCUCAACCUUUACCGUAUGUCACUAGGGAAUUAUUGGAAAAGAGGCCUAAACGAAUUGUCAAUAGUGGAGAGGAAUUUAUUUCAGUCGUAAGAACUGGUGUAGGAAGCACUAAACUUAUCCUUGGUGCUGAAAUAGAUUGCGUAUUUGAUUUUAAAGAGGAGGGUAAAGAUAACUUAAAACACUAUGCCGAACUGAAAUGCACAGGAACUGUAACAAAUGCUGCACAAGCGCGAAAAUUCGAAAGGAAAAUCUUUAAAACAUGGCUUCAAUGCUUUUUAGUGGGUAUUCCAAGAAUUAUAUAUGGUUUCAGGGAUGAGAAAUAUAUUCUUAAGUCAAUUGAAGAGUUUUCUACCGAUGAAGUUCCAUUACUAUUGAAAUCAAAUAAUCCUGCUCUUUGUUCUGCAUGCAUAGAUGCGAUCAAAUGGUACGGUGCUUUCACCGAAUGGCUUUUAAAGACUAUACCUAGGGACUCACCAUCAGAAAUCAAGGCUUACAUGCUGGUGUUUGAGAAUAACCAUUUAAGAUUGACGGAGAUUGAACAAGGACAUGAGGAAUAUGAUGGCCUUGUAAAAGGCGAAGUUGUUCUGAGCCAAGAAUUUAGAGAGUGGCGAAAAUCCCUUGCAUAG